CACGUGUCCCGGAAAACAAGUCGAUUUGUUGUUGUAUAUGAAAGAAGAAAAGAAGCCAUGGAGGCUGAGGACUUUUACAUCAAACCAGGUAAUCAGGAGCGGGGCUGGAAUGACCCUCCACAGUUCUCCUAUGGUUUGCAGACAGCAGCACAAGGUGGUCCCAAGAGGACCCCUCUCAACAAGAGAGUGCCCCCACCUCAACUCACAGGAUCACCUUGUCCGGUCCCAGGAGCUUUUCCUUCCCCAACGGUUCCAAUGACUCCUCCUACCAACCCACUGGCCCCUCCUCCAUGUAGUUUGAACACGCCCCCUCGGCCAUGUCCUGUCGCAGCCCCUCCUCUUGGUGGGAUGAUGAAGAUGGCCACACCUCCACCAACUUGCCCAAUGGUAGAGCACACAGACUCUGCCAGUAGCCAAUCAGAAAGUGAGCCAGAUGUCGACGAUGUAGUCUCUCUUCUCAACUGGGCACUGACAGCUUGUAGACACACAGUCAAAAAACAGGUGUGUAAUGAUGUGGCGAAGCGCCUGAAGCUCUUUGAGGACAUGUGGAAGUCUGGGAAGCUGUCACUUCCUGUUAGGCGAAGAAUGAAUGGACUGGUGCAAGAGUUGAAGAGUUGUAACUGGGAUGCUGCUGAUGAGAUCCACCGGGCUCUGAUAGUGGACCAUGUUAACGAGGUCAGUCAGUGGAUGGUGGGGGUCAAACGUCUCAUCGCUGAAACACGCAACUUGAACCCAGAUCUUCUGCACACACAGGAAGUAGACCAGAGUCUAGACACCAGCAGCACUGCUAACUCCGACUAGAUCAAUAAUGACACUUUUGGAACUUUUCUAUUAGGUUGUGGAACCAUGAGGACUCUCGGUCGUCCAUAUGAAAGCCAUUGAAAUUCAACUUCUAGGCUAACUCUCUCUUUUGCUUUUGUAUGCGGAGAUUCCACAUAUUUUGACAUGGGUUUCCCGUAGUUGUGCAUAUACAUUUUUUGGGACCUUUUUAUGAAUUGCAUUUGAUUGCCGUGUAUUGCUAUUACCGAGCUCCACCAAUUCUGACAAUACAAAGAUACCUUUAUCCCUGUUUAUGUCGAGAUUGUUUACGUUUGAUACAGCCUUUCCCUGUUGUCUUGUUUGGUUAAAGUGCUUAUAUCAGAAGUGUCAGUAAUGGAACAUUUAUUUGGACCAUUCUCUCUUCUAAAUACUGUAUAAUCUCCCUUGGACAGCCUUGUAAACAGUAUUUUACUGGAGCUAAGAUAAAGGUUGCUUUAAUCGUCCAAUUGUACACAAGGUCCUAUGUAUUAUUCCUGAUGCAUGAGAGAGCUUAAUGGUUUAGCCUACAGUUUUCUAUGACUUGUCACCUCCCAUGUACUGUACAUAAUCACAAGAGCAAUAACAAUAAGAAUGUUUUAAAGCCUGUGGUCUACUUGUGUUGACAGUGGCAUUGCAUUACAUGUGUAUCAUACACGAUAAGACCAAAUAAAUCUGAUUUGUGUUGGAA